AUGUCCCUGCCUAUUGGAAUGCAUCGUCGGGCAUUCAGUUAUGAUGAUGCCCUGGAGGAUACAGCACCGAUGACUCCUCCUCCUUCAGAUAUGUGCUCCAAUGUCCUGUGGAAACAACCGGUCAUCCCAGAGCGCAAGUACCAGGAGCUUUCAAAGGUUGAGGAAGGGGAGACUAGCAUGUAUCCACCUGUCAUAAUCCCCUCAUCGUCCACUGAAAGUGUGAACAAGGUCCCAGUUGUGAAGGGCAAGGCCACUCAUAUCAUCAUGAAUUCUCUCAUUACAAAGCAGACUCAGGAGAGCAUUCAGCGCUUUGAACAGCAGGCAGGGCUGAGAGAUGCUGGAUACACUCCCCACAAGGGCCUCACUGCUGAGGAGACAAAGUACCAUCGUGUGGCUGAGGCACUCCAUAAGUUAAAGAUGCAAAGUGGAGAGAUGGCCAAAGAAGACAAACAGACAUCUUCCACUCAAUCCACUCCAAACACCACCCCCCACUCUUCUCCCAAACAGAAACACAGGGGUUGGUUUAGUCAGGGACCCUCCAGUUCUAUCAUUGGCUCAGACUUGGUCUCCAUGGAUUCCGAUGGUGGGGACAGAGACAGAAUAUCCUCUGAAAAAUGGAGCCUUUUUGGACCCAGAGCUGUCCAGAAAUCCACUAAUGACCCAGGGGCCUUUACCAUCCAGUCCUAUAAGGGUGCCCAGAAGCCAUCCCCAAUGGAGCUGAUCCGUGCCCAGGCCACCAGGAUGGCAGAGGACCCAGGUACCUUCAAACCACCCAAGAUGGACAUUCCUGUUAUGGAGGGGAAGAAACAGUCGGCACGGUCCCAUAACCUCAAACCCCGGGAUAUGAAUGUGCUCACUCCCACGGGAUUCUAGGAAUAUCGUUGCCUCCAAGGAAGGAUGCUCUUGGUGUCUUCAUAAUGGAUUAAAGGGUGGUUUCGGGUAUGCUUCCCCAUCCCACUUGACUUUCCUAGGUAACUGUGCAGGAUUUCUUUCUUCCAUGUCAGAGCACCGAUGAGACAGAAACGAGAUCUGGAAAACAACCGUCACUACUUCUGUAGCGCAGCCUGAAUCUCCUGCUUUUUUAGAAAGUUUCUGUAAUAGCACCAAGUCCAUAUAAACCGACCUGUAUCAGCUGCAGUUCUAUUUAUCUGUACAGCAAGAUUCCACUGGGAGACGUGUGCUGCUCUAAAACCUGAAAAUCCACACCUUGUUGGGAGACCUCUUCCUGAGCAUCUUGCUGUGCUGAGUGGGCUGUCCUGCCUAGCUAUGGUCUAGGCUUCUACUUCUCCUCCGCUCAGGGCCCUGGACAAGUUGCCAGAAGGACAACAUGCUUCUCUCUAGGAUCUAGACAACACCAGCAGCCGGUGGUCUUGUGCUAGAGACCAAAAACCUCCAGCCAAGCCUGUCAAGAACUGGAGCAUUCACUGAAGUUCUCUAUCAAGAUUCCCUUACAUAACCAUGUAGCUCCCCUGCUCUGCAAUGUCAGUUUAUAGUAGUUCCACAUCUAGUGUUUUUCUUUUUGGGUUUCUUUGUUAAAAGGGUAAUUGGUCCAUGAACAGUGACCAUAAAGAUCAGCCCUUAGUGUUAAAUUCUGCUGUGCGGUUCUGUACUGGUGCUUGGUGGCAGGGGGGAAACCUUUACUUCUGCUGUCAAAGGGCUUCAUUUUCCAGUGGGCCCAGAGGAGGAAAUGACCAGAGCUAGUGUGGCUUGAACUAAACCCUUCAUUCUCUUCUCAGAUCUUUGCAUGGUAACACCAUUCUGCUGCUUUCAGUGGGGAGCACAAAUGGAACGACAGUUGAUGUGGCACUGUGUCUCGGAGUUCUAGUUGUAUCUUGUAAGAGGUAUGUGUGGAGGGGAUGUAGCAGUUAGAGAAAGGGACGUGGACAAUCCCUUUUCUGUAGGAUCUUUAUUUCUCAACAUCAGAUUCAUGCUUGCAGGCAUUGAGGGGGACUAAGGGAGAAUUUAAUCUUAAACAUUCCUCCUGUGCUCUGGUAAGACUUAAUAUUUUUCUUAGCCUAGAUUUAUACACAUUCAUGGGAAACAGUCAACACACACCUUCACGUCUCUUCCUCCACAGAAGUGGGGAAGAAGCUUUUUAAGUAGCCUCUAAUUCACCAAGCAGUGGAAGGAGGCUUAGUGUGAAAUCUCCAUACCUGCCCUGUGGCAAACCGGUCACUCCGGAUUCCUUGACAGGUACUGGCCUGAACUUUACCCUUUCCGUAGUCAUCACUGUAGCAGUCAGAUGGCAUGUAAGGCCCAGUCUUGUUGCAGCCAGUGUUAAAAGCCUCUUAUACUGAAAUCUCUUUCCUUGGAGCUCCAAAGAGAGGCUAUGUCCUGACCACACUGCAGUGCUUAGCUCAUGUCCCCCCUUGAGGAAGCAUGGUUUGUAGCACAGCUUCAUUUCAAACUUCAUCACUAAUGGCAACACCAGUCACAUAGGUGUUGCAUUGAUAGCACCAAGGACUCCUACCCUAGUAAUCAGUUGUCAUUAUGGAUUGGAAGUGUGUAUGAUCAGUGGUAAUCAGACUUCUUUGACUUCCAUUAAUUUAUUUGUGCUGUUUGUGCUCAUGUCGUGGUUUUUUUUUUUUUUUUUUUUUUUAAAUGUGCCUAACUGUUACAAGAGAAUAAAAGCCCUUGUGAAUGGAGAUAUGUGGUGGUUUUUGCAGCAGCACAGCAGGUAAAGUGCCUGAAGGAAAGAGGAGCAAACCUGAUCUGCACAGGGCUCUCUGUCCCUUGCUGAGUAACUAGUGAACUCUUCUGUGUCUAAUCUGUGACAUGUAGGCACAAGUCUGGUCACAGUAGCAUCAUUUAUUUAUUUUUGCAUUACAAUGUUCAUUGCUUUGUACUAUCCCUUCUUGAAAGGAAGAUAGUGGUGCUUUGUCUGGGCCCUAAGGGAGGGGGUGCUAUUAUUACAGAACUUAACAAAUAGAAGUGUUCAUGAAACUAGAGCCAAUGGAAAGUCAUUGUUGGGGGAUUUCCUCACUUUCUUAAGCUGCAACUCCCAGGCUGGUAAAUGGCAGCUUUUCCCAUGCCUGGGGAAUAAUGUUGCCCUCACAGGAUCAGUAAGUGUGUAGCUGACCUCCUGGGGAAUCUGCUAGAUGGUUAUCUAAGGCUACAAAACAGUUUGUGUGGCAGCACUGCAGUACACAUGUGACCUUGCCUCUCUGAUUUUAGCUUUGACUGAAUUUUUUUUUAGCUUUAAAAGGAAAGGAAACACUGAAGCAUGUGGCUUGAUGCCACUGCAGUACCCUGCCCUCCACAGCUAACGGUACACACAAGGGUGUCUCUUCCCUGCAUUGUUCAGUAUGCAGUUAGCUGUGUGCAUAGACAACAUUCCUUGAGGAACCCACUUUGAACUGAAUAGUACAACUAUAAACUUCAUUGUACCUCUUCAAAGUGUAAUUGAACAGUUAGAACUUGAUGAAAUCAAACCCUGUUUUCAGCAGGGUCUUUGCUAUAGCUUUCACCCUGUUGAUGUGAACGCUACUCCCAAUAGCUUUGCUGCAGUGGCUGUUGGAUUCCCAAGGUAUUUUUAAUCUGGAAGCAGGGAGCAAAAAAAAAGUGGUUUCUUUUUGCAGUUUUCGUCUACUCAAAUAGCUGAGCUGUUUGUGCUCACUUCCUCCAGCUCAUCACCUCUAGGCAGAGACCAAAGCUGGGAAAUGUCACCUAAAAGUCCAACUUCAGGUUCCAGAGAAGGGGCAUGUGUGCGCCUCCCCCCCGGAGUAACCAUGUACUCGUCGUGUGCUAUCCUGGAAGAGCAGAACUCUUCCCCUCCCCCAUGUCUAUUUCCUAGUACUGGUGACACGUUCAUUGUCUCUGGUGCAGGGGGUUAUUUCUGCAGAUCAUUCAACACAGACUAACGUAAAAAAACAUAGAUUUCUAUUGUAACAGCCUCACAGGGCUUCAGGUACCACUCCUGCCCUUAACUUACUCUUCAAAACUGGCAAGCUGGGGUCCCUAAAAGGCAGGCUCGUAGACCCCGGCUCUCGGAGGGGCGAGAGCAACAGUGUCUACAGCCCUAGUCAUUGCACGGCAGGUAGGAAAACUCAGCUUCUGUUUGCUGUCCUUUUAGUGUGCAUGAAAUGUGAGUGGUAUACCUGCGUCAGUGUCCCCUGCUGUAGAGGGGUUGUAGUAGGGUCCUUGAGGGGCUGGGUGGCUUAGUGUCCACUCAGCCAGGGGAUGGGGCAGUGGUAGGGGAGCCUGGGCCUGCCCACUCUACUGGG